GCGGGCGAGCCCUCGCGCCCGCGCCCGCCGCCUCCUCCCCCGCCCGGCCCCACCUCCGCCCACUUGACGCCAUGACGCACGGCAGGUUUGCGGACGUGGCGGCGCCGCACGGCCCGGAAGGUGGAGACGCGGGCGGCGACGGCCGAGGGACGGGCGAGGCGAUGCGUCGGCCCCGGAUGCCGGCGGCGUCUGACGACCUCCCGUGGGUCCUCCCGUGGUCGCGGCCCUCCUGCUAACGGGACAGGUUUUGAAAUUAUGGCGGGGAGGCAUCAGAAUCGUAGUUUUCCUCUUCCAGGAGUCCAUUCAAGUGGUCAAGCACAUGCAUUUGGAAAUUGUACAGACAGUGAUUUGUUGUUGGAAGAGGACGCUGAAGUGUAUGAGCUUCGACCCAGGGGAAAAGAAAAAGUCCGAAGAAGUACAUCGAAAGAUAGACUUGAUGACAUUAUAGUACUUACAAAAGACAUACAGGAAGGCGAUACUUUAAAUGCAAUAGCCCUUCAGUACUGUUGUACGGUAGCAGAUAUCAAGCGGGUUAACAAUCUCAUCAGUGAUCAAGACUUUUUUGCCCUUAGGUCUAUCAAAAUUCCAGUCAAAAAAUUUAGUUCAUUGACUGAAACACUUUAUCCUCCAAAAGGAAGACAAACUUCACGUCCUUCAUCUGUUCAGUACGUUCCAGAACAACCGGAAAUUUUGUCUCCUAAUGAUUCUGUUUCUUCCAGUGAGUCAGCUGGUAGCUUUUUAAAAGAAGUAGACCGAGACAUAGAACAAAUAGUAAAAUGUACAGAUACGAAAAGAGAAAACCUUGAUGAGGUGGUGUCUGCGUUAACAGCACAACAAGUACGUUUUGAACCUGAUAACAGAAACAUUCAACGCAAGGAUCCUUAUUAUGGAGCUGACUGGGGAAUAGGGUGGUGGACAGCUGUAGUCAUAAUGUUAAUAGUAGGUAUAAUAACACCAGUGUUUUAUUUGCUGUAUUAUGAAAUUUUAGCUAAAGUGGAUGUUAGUCACCAUUCAACAGCGGAUUCUUCACAUUUGCAUUCAGGAAUCACACUCCCGUCACAGCAGAGAGAAAUGGAAAAUGGAAUUGCUCCAACUAAAGGUGUGCCUCUUGGCCAACAAAAUGAUCAUAAACUAUACAGGCAAGAUUCCCGGCCACCUGCUGCUCAACCCAGAAUAUAGCAAUUAGCUCUCAGUCACAGUGUUGUUAAAUCACCUACGUAUUUGGAAUACGCAGUGUAUCACUUCUAUUCAGUGGCCGCUUCAAAGGCAGAAUUUAGGGAGGUUGAAGAUGCUUUAUGUUUUUCACCCAUUUGGGGGAGCCAUUUACAAAUGGGCUGAGUACACAGUUGAUAUUGUUGAUCUGGUAUCAGUAAACAUAUCUGUUAAAAGGAGAAAUGAAUUUAUAUUUUUCAGUUUCUUAGCUUGGAAUAUUCAUUUUAUCAUUUUAGCCUUGUUAUGAUUGAAAUAUUUUUUAGUUCACUUUUAAUUUAAGGUUAAUAGUAAUUGACUAAGCAGAAUAAUGAUGACAUCAUCUGUUGAUGACUGAAUAAGGUUGACUACUGUAGACCAUGAAAAUAGUUGCAAAAAAGUUUGGUUCUAAAAUUAUUUAUGAUAAUACACACUUAGUAUUCCAUUUUGAAGCUUUAAAAGAAAUAUGUUUAACAUGUAUGCUGUGCAAACAAUUUGAAAUAGAAAGGGGAAGGAAAUGUAUAAUAUGUUGAGGCAAAUGAAUAAGAUUAAAUAUUUUUAAACCCCCAAAUAAUGUGUUUGGAAAUCUGCCAUUUGGUCACUAGAACACUGGAUUAGGUGAAGACCUAGAAGUAAUCUUUACUGUUAAAUAAUGCUGCCUCUACAAUUUUAAGUGUUUUUUUUUUUUAGUUUUUAGAUAUCCUGAUAUUUGAAAAAGCACUUUUGUAAUUCUUUGACGAAAAGUGUAAUACAGAUGAGUAUUAUUUAGGAAAGAAUUCCUUACAUACUGUGAGAAGUUGUUGCUGUGUUACAUGUAGUAACAUGCCUUAAUUACAUUUUAAUGCCUUAAAUAUUUUAUGUAAGCGAGUGUAAUUUUUAUAAUUAAAAUUAAGCAUUGUCAGGGAUUCAGCUCAGUGGUAGAGCACAUGUCUGGAAUGUGUGAGGCACUGAGUUUGAUCCCUGGUACUGCAGGGGAAAAAAAGGCUGGUUUAUUUAGCAUCAGAAAAUAAAAACAUAACUUCAAGUAGUCAAGCUGAAUUCACAACAUAGGCUGUAUAAAUUCAUCUCUGCCUUCACAAUCAAGCACAAGUGACUCUCACAAUAAUAGAUUUUCACAGCCUACCUCUGAGAUGUUGUUCUGUGUGUAGAAAUUGGUUGAAAGGUUGAUAGUGCCACUUUUUAACAACUGCUGUGGAUCAGCCAAUCUGGCAAAAUAAGCAUUUGCAUACUGAUUCACUUAAUUUUUAAAGGUAUGUGUUUUUAAAAUGUAACCAAAAUGAUUAAUUAAAGGUUUGGUGGUGUCUUGAUUGCCUAUCUUGUGUAUAAUAAAGCAUAUACCUUAAGAGAGAGAUUACCACUUCAUUUACUGAGCAUUAUUUCCUAAUUUUUAAUAUUUCGACUUUUUGACCAUUUUUCUAUUCCAAUGUCCAAUCUUAAAACAAAGUGGGGUUAAUAUCAGUGGUAAAGGAGGAUUUAUGACGUUUCAGCAGCAAGCUAUAAAAUGUUGACACACCAAAUAUCAGUUUUGCAUAUUAGAGGAAUUCAGACAACUACCAAAAAAGUAUUACUAUGGAAAUUGUAUGUAGCAAAUUGAAGUUUUGAGUAAUUUUACUUUAAUGUCCUAAUGUCAUUAGGGCAUCUUGAAAAGAGGUGAUAAGUCUAAUUUGUGCUCAGUGUUAACCUGUCAGUUUACAUUGGAAUUAUUAAACCUACGGGGGGGGGGAAUCAAGUUUUAGUGAAGAUUAUUUUCAGAGGAGAACUGACUAAAUGUCCUUUGAAAACUUACAUCAGAUAAACGAGAUCAGUUGUUCCUUUUUGCUAAUGGUGACUGGUCUAAUUUCCAAAAAUAUAUAACUUAUUUGUAAAGUAGUAAGGUUUAUAAUGUACUUGUUGACUCAAAACCAUUUCUGCCUUGCAGAUGUCCUAUCCCUUAAAGGAAAUGUAAUAUAUUCAUAUGGUAUAUUUGAGUAAUUGUCCUUUUUCGAUAGAGUUCCAUACUUUUUAAUAGAAUUUAACGUAAUUCUAUAUUUUUAUGUAUAGGAUGAUUGAUGCAAAUUGUCAUUUAAAAUUUAAAUUCCUAAAUAAUAUGGAAUAUUUAGCUUUAAAAAUACUAAUAUUUUUAAAAAUUGGAGCAAAUAAAAGAUUAUAAAACAUACUAAAGUAAAUUUGUCAUUUGAUAUUGUGGAUUUUAAUUUUGUUACACCUUUAUGGAAUCUACUUUGAAACUUUGCUUUUCACUAAAUUAAUUUCAAGGUAUUUUUAGGCAUUUUAUUUUACAAAUAUGAAAGAACUGAAUUACUGCAUUUGGUUCACUUAAAUAGAGUUUAAAUAAGGAAAAUGUAGUUUAGGGCUUUUUUUUUUUCUUAAGUCUGGAAAUAGUUUAUUUUUAACUAAGAGAUGUCAUAGUUAAACAUUUUUGACACCCUUCUAGAAAAUUAUGGAGUUAAUGACUUCAAAGGAUAUGAAAAUGAGUUAGGGAACCUUCUCAUCACGUCUAGAAUUAGAAGCAAGACUAAUGUUAAUUAACAACUCUCCAGGAUUACUAGUGUCUAAUGCUCCCCCCCCCCCCCACACACACACUCUGCUCGAUUCCUAGGCUUGAAGAACUUUUUAAAUGAACCACUACUAAGUAAAUCAUUCUUUUUUUUAAAGUUACUUCUAAAAUUACCUACUUGGAAACAUGAAGGAUAGAAUUUUAGAAGUAUCACCAAGCAAGAUCCAGCCUAAGUGUUAUAGGGUAAAGGUGAACUUCUUAGAAAUCUGUAUUUAAAUGGUGCAUUAUGGUGGGAAUCUUUAUUUAAAUUACAACAGUGUUGCUCAGGAAAUCAGUAUUUUUCUUCCAAGUAUGUGCAUAUUGCACUGUUAGAUCAUAGACAUAUCUGAAUGCUUUUAUUUAAUUCUUUUUAUGUAUGAAAACACUAUAAUUUUUGUAUAAAGUAUUUUAUACGUAUGCAAAAUGGAAUUGUAGAACACUGUUAGCAUGUAUACCUGUAAAGCUGAUUUUUAAAACUUUCUGCCCCUUAUUUCUCUUACUUUAAAAGAUUUUCAAAAUGUAAUAAAGUUUCUAUUUUAUUCUAC